AAUUGGUGGCGCCGAAAAAGCACGUUUCAACAACCUCUGUUCUAGAAAUCAUCCUAGUUUUCCAAUUCACAAUUCUGCAUCCCGACACGACAAGUCCGGCUCUUCUUCGCGCAUUUUCACUUCUUAUUGAAUAGGGGGAUCCGCGGGUGUCACAUUGGUCAACAUGUUGAUAGAAGAGCAGAGAUACAUCCACGAGGAUCUCGAACGCCUCGAGCAGGGUAUCGCGGACCGUUUGCGCGACGAGCCAAAACAGAUUCAUGAACGUCUUAAUCGUGACCAUGAGGUGUCCCAACUCCUCGACCAGAUCCAACACCAGUCCCGUGAGCUUCUUCCCCUAUACGAGGACAAGUCUGGAGUGCGCUCCAAGGAAAUCCUGCAGAUUGGCAGUGGUGACCCCUUCGAGGAAUUCUACAAACAAGUAGCCAGUAUCAAGGAACAUCACUCGCGGUACCCAAAUGAGCAAGCCGAGAACUCGGAAAACUGGUACCGGCCGCGGAAGCAGGGCGACGAUCAGCCAUUUUUGGUGGAAAGCAUGUUCUCAGGCGAAGAGGCAUACGGCCGUUUCUUCGAUUUGCACGCCAGCCACGAAUCCUACCUCAACCUUCCCAACGUGAAGCGACUCCCGUAUAUGCAGUAUCUUGAAGUUUUUGACAACUUCCAACCCGGUUAUGGUGGAGUCAAGCGGGCCGACAAGUUGACCGACCAAUAUUUCAAGUACCUCGGCGAGUUGAUGGAGUAUCUGGAAUCCUUCAUUCGACGUACGCGACCACUCGAAAAUCUCGAAAAGCUGUUUGGUGGCUGGGACAAGGAAUUCGAUUCGGCUUGGGAAAAGGACGAAAUUGAAGGUUGGCGCAAGGAGAAGCUGGCGGCCAAGGGCUCUGCGACAGACCGGACUCUGAGCAGCGCUGACGCGGUUUGGUGCGAGGCAUGCGAGAAGGAGUUCAAGAACGAAAACGUUUACAAGAACCAUCUUUCCGGCAGGAAGCACAUUAAGGCCGCUGAGGUGUUGGCGGCGAUUCACGGAGAGUCGGCCAAUGGUACAUCAAACGGCACGGUUGCCCCGCUAGCGCAUCGCCUCAAGGAACGGGCGGUCGCUGAGAGGGAGUACCGCAUCAAGAAGCUUGCCGGCGCUAUGAAGACGGAGCGGGACGACACAAGAGUGAACGUUGAACGUAGGCAGGGCAUGACGGAGCGUGAGCGGCAACAAGAGUUGGAGAAUCUCUACAACACCACGUUCAGAAGGCAGGCUAAGGAGGCUGAGGAAGACGAGGAUGAUGGCGGAGAUGAUAAGAUCUACAACCCGCUCAAGCUACCACUGGCUUGGGACGGAAAGCCGAUUCCCUUCUGGCUUUACAGGUUGCAUGGUCUGGGCCAAGAGUUUCCCUGCGAGAUUUGUGGCAACUUUGUCUACCGCGGCCGGCGUGCUUUUGAUAAGCACUUCAACGAGACAAAUCACAUCACCAACCUGAAGCGUCUGGGCAUCACAAACACACAUCUGUUCCGAGACAUCACGUCUAUAGAGGAGGCGGUGAGGCUCUGGAACAAGAUUCAAGGUGACUCGAGAAAGACCAACGUCGAUGAGGGCUCGAUCGUGCAGAUGGAGGACGCUGAGGGUAAUGUCAUGCCAGAGAAGGUAUAUCUUGAUCUGCAGAAGCAGGGUCUGCUUUGAGAGGUGUUAGAAGAUGGAUGAGAUAGGUAGAGGAUUUUAUGCUUGAUAAAGAUCACAACCGCCCAUUGAGCCGAUAAUAUAAUACCCAAAAGUUCUUCCGUUCACAAUAGAGCUACGAAUUCGG